UGCAUUCAGCACCAUCUCGAUACUCUUUGGGUUGUAGGAACAUCUUAGUCCUCGUCAAUAAACACACACGACCCGGCCUUCCUCUCAAUCAUACCUGAUUCGAUAACGCCAAGAGCCAAUUUAUGCUACCAACUUUAUAUGUUGUUUCAAUCCAAGGAGUAGGCAUCGUGGCCCGCAUCCUAAAUCGCAAAAACAUACCUAUAAGCUCACCCGAUGGACUGUCGCACGUGUGGGAAAAAAUUCAAACGCAAAGGUCAUUUGAAUCGUCACUCGGCGCGGCACUCCAAGUACAAGCCAUUUCACUGCGACUUUAACGGAAGAAAGUUUGCUCAAAGGGACUCUCUAUAUCGCCAUGCAGCCCUCCAUAAUCGGGAUACGCCAUCACGGCAAGAGACCCGGGUCGAGAUGACUAAGAGGUGCGAACAAGCUUGUGUCGCGUAUGCAAGUUCAAAGCAACGGUGCCAGGGCGGGAUCCCUUGUUGGCGAUGUUUAAAGAAAGGCCUUUCCUGCUGCCGGAAAGGACAGACAUCUACGGUGGAAACUAGGCCAGAUGAACUAUUUGGAGGGGAAGAAGAAAGUAACGUGGAGUUGAGUGACGACCGAAGAACUCGAGAAACUAUGAUGGAUCGGAUCUCUGAAUCGCGUGGAAUACGAGCACCAGCACCGACUGAGAAGGCAGCUGAGACGUUUCUCGGAGUUGAAGACGUUGCAACGUUAGCUCCUGAUUUAUCUCCAUGGCUGCCACCACGAGAGAUAAUCAGUAUACAAACGCCCAGUCGGGAUCCUCCGCUCGAGCCCUGUCAAUUUGAUCUGGGACUCGAUGUAGGCUUACAUCAGCAACAAUCUGCUGCAACAGAGCUAGGCCUGCAAUUACAUGAUCCUCUGGGCCUAUCUAGUUAUGCAGACUGUACCAUGGCGGAGGGCUCCAACGGAAUCUUUCGAUGGCCAGAUGUUGAUGGUGGCUUCCAUGAGGCCUUUCAUUUUUCGGAAGACGGGCUCCUCAAUAUCUGGCAGAACAUGUUUACACAGCAAGCCCCAAAGCCACGCAUUGGCUCGACAUCAGAUUUUCGUGUGCCUCAUGCCACAGAGGCUUGGAUCUCACGAGCGGGCUCUGUUGAAAAUGGACUAGAAUCCUCUAUUCUCAAGCUGACAUUCCCUUCCCCCAAAGCAGCCGACGAUGCAAUAAUCCAGUCUGAGGACUUUGGGUUGGUGAGAGAAAUUGACGAGCAAGAGUACCAGGCCAUCCUGAACUUCUGGAAGUCUCAAAAGGGCACCUUAUCACUCCAGGAUGGUGUCUUUCCACACCGUGAGGUCUUGAACACAUUCGUUCAGCUCUAUUUUGAGCACUUUGACUGUCAAUUUCCUUGUAUCCACCACUGUCAGAUGGAAGCAGGAAACCGCCCGUGGGUACUCUUAUUAGCGCUUGCGGCAACUGGCAGCCAGUACUCCGAGAUAUCGAGAUCCUUUGAUCAUGCUUUGGCAUUACAAGAACUACUCAGAAUUGCUCUGAAAUUAAAUAUUUUAUCAUCCCCGUCCUACUCUUAUCGCCGUCAGAAGCUAAUUGUGUCAACGUAGGCCCCGAAUUCUCCAACUUCUACUAUAGUCUCUUAUGUUCAGAGUCUCCUGCUUCGGGACAUCUUUUGCGUUUUUGCAGGCUCUGGGCAAAACAUAUUCCUUUGUCAAUGCGAAAGAAUCCAUCUUGUGUUCUCAUGCCAGAUGCUGUUGAGUACCACC